AUGUCUCGAAUUCGACACCAAGGUUUGAUGGAGACUGCCAACCCAGCUGGCUCGGCGGCUCUGCGUUACAUCACAUUGAGCCGCUGUUGGGGCAAACCAGGCUUGGACGCACCUCCGCUGCGCACGACGAAAGAGACCAUCUCUCUGGCCCGCGUGCUCGGUUGUUACUUUCUCUGGAUUGAUUCACUUUGUAUUAUCCAGGACGGCAUGGACGACUGGCUCACACAAUCUGCCGAGAGGGUCGAUAUCUACGCCAAUGGCUAUUUCAACAUUGCAGCUGCAGCUGUUACAAAUUCUUCGGAAAGCCUAUUUAGUGAGCGGCACCAGUUUGUAUGGCAACAAACGGAUUGUGAAUGUGCUGGGCCUAUUGAUCGGAACCGGGGACCCCCUCUUGGCAAGGCGCGUCAGUUAAGGGCUUUUGAGUGCUGCGGGCUAUCGAAGGGGAAGAUUCGGUGUAUCGCCGCGUGGGGGUGGGCUUAA